AGGUCAGUGGCUUGAAAGCUUACCUGCGAUUGUGUCAUCGAUGUUCUGGAUUUCGAAUUCUUACUUCAAGGAAUAGUGGAGAAAAACAUGAGAGAAUCAAUAGAAUGAGAAAAAUAUCGAAACAUCGUUUUUAAUAUCCCUCCUACCACUAUCUUCCCUGUCACAUUAUUCAUCUUCUCCACAAUAGCUGGCCUUUCUGGGUACCGCGGAUGCCGACCUACUCAGACGAAGACCGCCAGCGCGUCCUUAGCGACGAGGCCUGGUCGCACGUCUUCUACCUCACCUACAAUGCCAUUUUCGUCGCGAUAUUCCUGCUUCUAGCUCUUUUCAAUGCCUUCCACUCCCAGAACUCCCUGCUCGAGCAUGUCUCGAGAAGUGCGUCCUCAACAACUCUUAGCGAGACUACGCCUCUGACGGGUCGGUCUCGCGUUCGAUCUUCGUCGCCAAAGUACAGAGUCGUCGUGCGCAGAAUUCAGUCUCUUCUGAUAUACUCCCCAAUCCGCGGUCUAUCCGUGGGCGCAAUUCUGCUUCUACUAGGCUACUAUGGUCUCACGAUCCUCUACACCCUCGUCAACACCGACUUUCUAAAACCAGUCGUCGCCGACCGCGCAGGACUGAUCAUGAUCGCCAAUAUCCCGCUCUACUUCUUCCUCGGCGCAAGGACAGGUCUCUUUGUCUCGUGGACGACGUGGUCGCACGAUCAAUAUCGACUGCUGCGGACAAACGUCGGGUUCACUAUCUGCGCCCUUGCAAUCGUCUUUACCGCUUUGAACAUCAGUGAUCGCGAGCAAAGGUUAAUUGACAGUGUAGCAGGGCUUAUCUCGUUUGCUACAUUGAUGCUGAAUCUCGUGGUUUGCGUAUUCGAGGAUGUGCUGUUGCGGAUCAAUCACCAAGAGCUGGCUCUUGACCCUUUGAAGUUUGUUCUGAUAUCCGUCGCACUUGUAUUUCUAUUCAUCUACGACCGACUUAGUCGCGCGUACGUGAUUGUCGGGGCAGUAGUCUUUUUAGUCGACAUUCUCACCCGUCUCCGCGACUGGCGCCAUUUCGUCGCGCACGCAGAGUACUUUGAGGAACUGUCUUCCGGCUCAUCACCAUACACCUCCUCAGGCACCGCGGUCAAGCUCGACAUCAGCAUCCACAGCUCUGCACGCGACUACGAAAUGCGAUGGAGCGCGGGCCAGUAUAUCUACCUAUACGUCCCGCUUGAGCGGAAGCUCCGGUGGAAGAUCCACGAGGCUACGAUCGUUAGCUUGAAGGAGAGCGGGCGGCUGCAGUUGUUGCUGACGUCGAAGGCGUCGAAGGCGUCGAUUGCCAUGCCGGCGGCUGAUUCGUUUAAAGUGUCUAUUCAAGGGCCGUACGGAUAUAGCCCUCGUCUUUACUUGGAUCAUACCGCUAUUCUCCUCGCGCAGGGCAAAGGAGUGACAUUCACCUUCCCCCUUGCACUAAGCUACGCGCGCCGAUUACAACGAUACACGUGGCAGAGAGCAGAGCGGGUGUAUAUCCCAGACAUCUUUUUCCUCUGGGAAGUCGAGACACGAAGCCAUCUGGCGUGGGUUGACCUGAACGAGUUCAAGUUAUUCCCCAACGUCAAAAUCCUGAUAUGGAUCAAGGACGAGCAAGUCCAGGACGUCGACCUGCUCGAUAAUCUCUCCUCGCUCAUCAGAGAUGGUAACCCAGGUGAGCAGUCUGCGAUUCCGUUUGAGUCUGAGAAAGUGGUUAGAGAUAGAAUUUCGGUGGUUGUGGCUGCUGCGCCGGCGCUUGUUCAGGGUGCGAGUAAUUUGGUGUCUGGGGUUUUGUGGGAGGGAGAGAAGGAUGUCAAGCUUCACGCCGAGGUAGUGCAAUAAUCAAUAAAAGUCUGCUUUUCUAUAUCCCAAAACAGUCUAUCA